AUGAUCAUCCAGUUCGUGCAACCUCCACAUUUCAGAUAUGAGACUUUAAAUGUUCGCAUCCAAGGUUAUGAUUUUACCCACAUCGAAAAAUUUCAAGGCUAUGUCGAUAGGAUGGCGCGACGAUUUAAGUUCAAUGUUCUAGAUAGCUAUGCAGUAGCCGCUCAAACGCAGCGGGUUGUUGUCUACAAACCUAAUAGCACUAUAGUAGAGAACGAAGUAAAUUUAUCGCUAUACGAUAGAGUUGUAAGGCUUGGAAAUGUACCUGCACCACAUCUUCAGCUUUUUAUUUCUCUCAUCCAAACUCAUGUGCCUGUAGGAGUUACGGUCACCUUCAAAGAACACGAAAAAGCAGACGAAGACUAUCGAUAUAUCCCAGAUAUCCUGCUGAAACAGAAGCAAGAAGAAUUGAAGGCAUUAGAUGACCCUGUUGUUCGACGAAAUCUUGGAUGGGAAUAA